AUGCUAACAAGACUAGUUGUUCUUAUUGGUGAUUCCUCAGUCGGAAAGACCAACUUGCUGUCGAGAUUCACAAGAGACGAAUUUAACCCGGACUCCAGAGCCACGAUUGGUGUUGAGUUUGCCACCAGAACAGUUGAGAUCGACGGCAAAAGAGUGAAGGCUCAGAUUUGGGACACUGCGGGUCAGGAAAGAUACAGAGCAAUCACCGCUGCGUAUUAUAGAGGAGCAGUGGGCGCGCUUGUUGUUUACGACAUAUCGAGCUCCAACUCGUACGAGUCUGUCUCGAGAUGGCUCAGAGAAAUGAAGGAACAUGCAGACGCAAACAUAGUGAUAGCUCUUGUUGGUAACAAAUCCGAUUUGGACCACUUGAGAGCCGUGCCUACAGAGGAGGCCAAAGACUUUGCUGCAGAGAACAACUUGCUCUUCACGGAGGCAUCGGCGCUUAACUCGGAAAACGUGGAACUCACUUUCCAUCAACUUAUUAAAAACAUUUACGAAAUGGUUUCGAAAAGAAGAUUCGAUGUUGAUGGUUUGGACUCCUCUGCUAACAAGAACCUUGGAGGCCAGACCAUUACGCUUACACCUGCUCCAAAGGACCAGAAGAUAUCCAAAAACUCCGGCUGCUGCUAA